AUGCUGGGCAGUGGCAGCGAGCCGCAGCUCCCAGUCAGCUACACCAUCACAAGGAUGAACAAUCAAUACUCUACAGUGGACGGUGUUACCAGACGACUUUGCCCAACUGAAACGAGACCCAGGGCAACCCCCUCCGCUGCGGCGGAACAAAGGAGGCGAGCGCAGCUGCACGCGCAGGGAGGCCCACAGCGUCCCGGGCCCCUCCUCCCCCGCCGCCGCCGGGGCACACCGCACCUGAACCCCACUCCCCAGGACGCCCCAUUGUUCUCCCUCCGCUUUCCUGCCCGGAGGCAGCCACACCGUGUCUUUGUAGGGGGCCAGGAAACAGCUGUGGGCCAGAGGAAUGGAGGGGCUGUGGGUGAACACCAGGACAGCCGAGAUUCGACUCUACCCACAGGUACGAAAGGCACGGGGCAAAGUAAGAGCAACUUAGUUUACAAGCCCUUCUUCCCUCCCGCCACCCCCGAAGCCACUGCGGAGUCACGACCACCCUCCGCGACCUACAGCGUGCGCCGUUCCCGCCGCAGCGCCGCGUCUCCCGAGAGAGCGACAGAGCCCGCUGACCCCCGCCCGCAGGGUGCGACGGGGCCAGGGACCGCGGGCACAAAGGCGCGGGGCAGGCGCCUCGGGGCCGCGGCCGGACGCAGAGGGAAGGGCAGGGGAGAGAGAGAGAGAAAGCGCUCGCGCUACCUCGCCUUGCGCUACCUCGCCGGGAGCCACUCCGCCUCCACGUCGUCUUCGCUCUCCGGUGGCGCUCCGGGACGCGGGCCCAGCCCGGGGCUGCGGGGCUCCCGCCGCGGCUAUUCUGCCAAGGCUGUCCCGCGGCUGCCGGCCGACAGCGCGCCGCGCGCUCUGGUACUGCCUCCACGCGCCGCGGUUAAGGCUCCCGUGCGCACCCGGCUGCGGAGUACUCAGCGGCGGCGGGAGGAGCCCGGCCACUCCCCUCUCGCCCGCUGGCGGAGGGGCCGGCCGAGGGGCGGGGGCGGCGACCUCGCAGCCUGGGAUUCGCCCCUCGGCGCGCGGGCAGGAACGGGAGCCACCGCCUCCAAGCCGACUCACCUCUGGCCGCCUGGUGCCGGCUUCACAGCGCCCUCCGACUCACUGACAUAAAAUGAGAAAUACAUUUUGACAACUCGAAGCCAGCCUGGGGUCACAUUCCAGCAAAGAGUGGGAGGAAGUCUCAAUUUUUCCUCCUCCCCAAGA